AUGUUUCUGUACGGGCUUGCUCUUUCGACAGUUGUCACAGCUGUGACUGCCGCGGCGGCACCCAAGCCGGCCUAUGCGCAAUGGUUGACAGACUCCAUGAUCCGCUUUGGUGUCCAGCCGGGUAUUGGCUAUGGAGAAGCAACGCUCUAUACAGGCUUCGAAAGCGUCCUCGAUGCCAGCAAGAACAAAACGCUAAACGACAUCUACCGUUCCCACAUUGAUGCAGUUCUCACGGAUGACGGCGUGAUAGAACGCUUCAACUACUCUCACUUCUCAUUGGACAACUACCGCAUUGGAAACAAUAUUUUAUACUGGUAUGAACGAACUGGAGAAGAGAAGUACAAGCUCGCCGCAGAUUCAAUCAAGGAGAUGAUCGACAAGCACCCACGAACUCCAACAGGAGGGCUCUGGCAUCGACACGUCGUGUAUCCCAACCAGAUGUGGUUGGAUGGCAUCUACAUGGCCGACAGCUUUUAUGCCAAAUGGGUUUCGCUCUUCCAACCUAAGAACCAGACGGCAUGGGACGAUAUUGCCCUCCAGUUCGACAAAAUCGACUCAGUUACCCGCAAGAAGAACAACCUCCUGGUUCACGGCUUCGACGAGAGCAAAAAGGCCGUCUGGGCUGACCCCGUCACUGGAGCUGCACCAUUGAUCUGGGCUCGGGCCAUUGGAUGGUACUAUAUGUCUCUGCUGGAGGUGAUCCCUCUCUUUCCUGACAGCCACCCUGCUAAGAAGAGACUUCUUGGCUACUUUGUCGAUUUAUCAGAUGGCUUGAAGAAGUCGAUAGAUGAGAAGGGAGCUUGGUCGAACAUCAUGGAUAAGCAAUAUGAGGACGUCGAAGGCAACUACCUAGAAAGCAGUGCAAGUGCUAUGUUUGUCUUUGGCUGGCUCAAGGGUCUGAACCUUGGAUUCCUCAAGGAGAAGAGCUAUGGCAAGGUCGCCAAGAAGGCCUACAACUCGCUCGUUAAGAUGUUUGUCACCAAGAACGAUGAUGGGACUGUCAACUGGGAGGAUACUGUCAUUGUUGGGAGUUUGGGUAGCAACGCUACGUUCCAGUAUUAUUCUAGCAUUGGACUGAGACAGAACGACCUUCGUGGAGCUGGGUCUUUUAUUGUCGCGGCUGUCGAGUAUGAGAAACGGUACCACUAA